CUUUGUGUGUGAUGGGGGGGAGAGUGAGAUAGCGCAUGUCUCAUCUCUCAGCGCAGCCACUAGACGCUCCCUCCACCACCAACUCCACCAUCUUGCAUGUGGAAGCAUCUCCAAGCGGAGCUGAGCUCUCCCGGGGCUAUGGACACUGCGGGAAAGAGCCUGGCCAGCAGCAUGGCAUGCUAGACUGGCAGCGCCUGCCUCCGUCUCCUCCUCUGCCCACCGUGUUUUGUAGCGGCUUGGAUGCUUUUCCGCAGCAUCUAGAGAGACACAGCCAGAGAAGAUGCGGAUUAGAUGCGAGCAGAUUGUGUUCUUAGUCUCUGGAUUUUGGGGCAUUGCGUUGGGAGCUUUCCCUAGCAGCGUGCAGAUAGGUGGGCUUUUCAUCCGAAAUACAGAUCAGGAAUAUACUGCUUUCCGGUUAGCGAUUUUUCUCCACAACACAAGCCCCAAUGAGUCGGAAGCACUUUUUAAUUUGGUUCCUCACGUAGACAACAUAGAGACAGCCAACAGCUUCGCCGUUACAAAUGCCUUUUGCUCUCAGUAUUCAAGAGGAGUGUUUGCCAUCUUUGGGCUGUAUGACAAGAGAUCGGUACACACCCUGACCUCAUUCUGCAGUGCUUUGCACAUUUCCCUCAUCACCCCCAGUUUCCCAACAGAAGGUGAAAGUCAGUUCGUGUUGCAGCUGAGACCAUCAUUACGGGGAGCACUGCUAAGUCUACUAGAUCAUUAUGGAUGGAACCAUUAUGUAUUUCUAUAUGACACAGACAGAGGAUAUUCCAUACUUCAGGCCAUCAUGGAGAAGGCUGGUCAGAAUGGGUGGCAAGUGAGUGCAAUAUGUGUGGAAAACUUCAAUGAUGCUAGUUAUAGACGUCUUCUAGAAGACUUGGACCGAAGACAAGAAAAUAAGUUUGUAAUAGACUGCGAAGUUGAAAGACUUCAGAACAUUCUGGAACAGAUUGUGAGUGUUGGAAAACACGUGAAAGGCUAUCAUUACAUUAUUGCAAACCUGGGAAUCAAGGACAUUUCGCUUGACAGGUUUAUGCAUGGCGGAGCCAAUGUUACAGGAUUCCAGCUGGUGGAUUUUAAUACUCCAAUAGUGACGGAAUUAAUGCAGAGGUGGAAGACAUUGGACCAGCGGGAGUACCCAGGAUCUGAAACCCCUCCGAAGUAUACAUCUGCCCUGACUUACGAUGGUGUACUUGUGAUGGCUGAAGCAUUCCGUAAUUUAAGAAGACAAAAAAUUGAUCUUUCAAGAAGAGGAAAUGCAGGAGACUGUCUUGCUAAUCCUGCUGCUCCAUGGGGUCAGGGAAUUGAUAUGGAGAGAACAUUAAAACAGGUUCGAAUACAGGGGCUAACUGGAAAUGUCCAGUUUGACCAUUAUGGCCGAAGGGUCAACUACACGAUGGAUGCGUUGGAGCUAAAAAGUACCGGCCUCAGAAAGAUUGGUUACUGGAAUGAUAUGGAUAAGCUAGUUUUACUGCAACAUGAACCAUCCUUAAAAAAUGACAGUUCCGCCAUUGAAAACCGCACAGUCAUUGUUACUACAAUUCUGGAAGCCCCUUAUGUAAUGUACAAGAAAAACCAUGAGCUGUUGGAAGGAAAUGAUAAGUUUGAAGGAUAUUGUGUAGAUCUGGCCUAUGAAAUUGCAAAACAUAUUGGUAUCAAGUAUAAAAUUGCCAUUGUUCCUGAUGGAAAAUAUGGAGCAAGAGAUUCAGACACAAAGAUCUGGAAUGGAAUGGUGGGAGAGCUUGUAUAUGGGAAAGCGGAGAUUGCUGUGGCUCCUUUGACUAUCACCCUGGUGCGAGAGGAGGUCAUUGAUUUCUCUAAACCUUUCAUGAGCUUAGGAAUUUCCAUUAUGAUAAAAAAGCCACAAAAAUCGAAACCAGGAGUCUUUUCAUUUUUGGACCCAUUGGCUUAUGAAAUUUGGAUGUGCAUUGUUUUUGCCUACAUUGGCGUCAGUGUAGUUCUUUUCCUCGUAAGCCGAUUUAGUCCUUAUGAGUGGCAUACGGAAGAACCGGAAGAUGGGAAGGACGGACCCAGUGACCAACCUCCAAAUGAGUUUGGAAUUUUUAAUAGUCUUUGGUUCUCCCUUGGAGCUUUCAUGCAGCAAGGAUGUGAUAUAUCACCAAGAUCUCUCUCAGGUCGCAUUGUUGGAGGCGUAUGGUGGUUCUUUACCCUCAUUAUUAUCUCAUCAUACACGGCUAAUUUGGCUGCCUUCUUAACGGUUGAAAGAAUGGUUUCACCAAUAGAAAGUGCUGAAGACCUUGCCAAACAAACAGAAAUUGCAUAUGGAACACUCGAUGCUGGGUCAACAAAAGAAUUUUUCAAAAGGUCGAAAAUUGCAGUUUAUGAAAAGAUGUGGACCUAUAUGAAAUCUGCUGAACCAUCAGUAUUUACCAAGACGACAGCAGAAGGAGUCGCCCGUGUACGGAAAUCUAAAGGAAAAUUUGCUUUUCUACUGGAAUCGACUAUGAACGAAUACAUCGAGCAGAGAAAACCUUGCGAUACAAUGAAAGUUGGAGGAAAUCUGGAUUCUAAAGGAUAUGGAGUGGCAACACCUAAGCAUUCUCUAUUAAGAACUCCUGUAAACCUUGCCGUUUUGAAACUCAGUGAGGCAGGCGUCUUAGACAAGCUGAAAAACAAAUGGUGGUACGAUAAAGGUGAAUGUGGACCCAAGGACUCUGGAAGUAAGGACAAGACAAGUGCAUUGAGUCUGAGCAACGUUGCUGGAGUUUUCUACAUUCUGGUUGGAGGCCUGGGCUUGGCAAUGCUGGUGGCCUUGAUAGAAUUCUGUUACAAGUCAAGGGCAGAGGCGAAACGAAUGAAGCUGACCUUUUCUGAAGCCAUACGAAACAAAGCCAGAUUAUCCAUUACAGGGAGUGUAGGAGAAAAUGGCCGUGUCUUAACUCCCGACUGCCCGAAGGCCGUACACACUGGGACAAUUAGACAAAGUUCAGGAUUGGCUGUAAUUGCAUCGGACCUACCAUAAAAACCAAAUAAUUUAUUGAGUGCCUUAAUUAUACACUGUUGGUGAGUGACAUACAGCACAGACUGUGAGCUACAUGGGAAAAUCACUGAAGUCCUAGAAAUAUUGCUGAGAUCGGGAAGUACGUCUAAAUGCGCCAAACAUCAUCAGCGACAAUGUGUGCAUGAGCUCUGCUCGGAAACCCAAACUCAGAUUUUUAUAUCAGGAAAUUGCUUAAUUUAGUUUUAUUGGGGUGAGGGAGGGUGCGGGGGAAGAGUGUAUUAGCAACAACAAAUUUAUCUUGGAGGAACUAUAUUCUAAGAAAAAAAAAAAGACGUGUCAUUUAGCUCAUUAAACUGUGAAGAACGUGAUCAGAAUGGACAAUACUUCUAACAAAGAAGGAAAAUAGCUAUAGAAUACAAUGAAAUUACUAACCAGUAUCUCAAGAAACUCCAUGCAUAUAAGGGAUGAAUAUCCAAUUGUUGAACUAGAUCUCUUAAGAAAAA